GUUUAUUAAAUAACUCAUUCGAUUUAUCAACGAUUGUUGUUUUGAUUUGAUUCCUUGUCAGAAAAAUGCAGAAAUUGGUGAAACACUGAUUCAAGAGCUCCUCAGGGAUGUCUUUGACGAAAAUAUGAGACUGGAUCGCCACGUGACUCUCCUACAAGAUGAAAACCUAAGAUAUCGAGCUAACGUGCACGAUGCGCUCCUGGAGUUAGCUGAGGAGAAAAGUCGUCGUGGGUCAUCUAAAGCAAGUGGAGUUCUAAGCAUUACUUCCGAGAGGAUAUCUGAAGAGAAUGUUUCUGCGUUGAGGAUGGAAUCGAACAAGUACACGCAGAUCAUUGAUGAUCUGUCUAAUGAGCUGCAGUCGCUUACUGAGCAGUUGCUGCAGCAGCCGCAACAGCAGAAGGACCUUAUCGAGGAUUCUAUGCAGCUGAAGACGUUACUGGAUGAUCUAGAACUUCAAAAUGAUAAUCUACAGCACACGAUUGAGAGUUACAUUGAGCAACUUAGCAGUGCAGAGACGAAGAUCAAGCAAUUGGAAUUUGAGAAAUCCACUCUCGAGAGUGAACUGAAAAAUACAGGCCUCGAGCAAGAACAGAAGGAUGGUAAAAUUGAGGAGUUGCUGAAAGAGAACAAAACUCUUCAGUCGCAGUUGGACAUUCAACGACGAUUCUGCACGUGCAGAACCGCGAUGGUCAUUGACAAUGGCAAUGGGAAGCGUGGCAGUGAUUCGGACAAAGACACGCAGUGCAUUCAGGAGCUGCAGAAGUUAUUGAACCAGAAAUCAACCGAGGCCUCGAGAGCCACAGUUGCGCUGCGAUGGAAGAGUCUAGAGUGGGGUAGACUGCAACAAAUUGCUGCUGACGAUAAAAAAAAGUUGACAGAGCAGACGAAGGAUUUGAUCAGCACUGUGGGCGAGAUGAAGCAGAAGAUAUCAUCCCUAGAGGCUGUGGUGGAAAAGCGCGAGAAGGAUUUAGAUAGAGCCAAUCAAAAGCUACACAUUACAUCUCAAAAGGAGGCAGAACUCAUGGCUGAAUUGGCGGUGAAAACAGAUCAAUUGACUUUCUUCGAGAAAGGAGAAUCCAAAUACCGCGAUGCCAUUGAAGACCUCAACCAUGAGCUCCAAGCUGUCCGGUCUAAUCGCAUGAGACGAGAGAGUGUCAUCAUCCAGGAGUUGAAUGCUGCCAAUACCAGUCUUCGUGGAGGCUCUCAAGAGCUGGAAAAGCACAACAUAUCACUUCAGAAGGAGAAUUCGGUACUAAAGAGCGAAAUGGUCGAUCUCAAGGAUGAAGUGGCAUCUCUGGAGGGUCGCAGUCGUGCUUUGUCGGAUCUGUUGAAAGCAAAUCAGGGGGAAAUGGAUCUCUUGAAGCAGGAAGUGAAUCGCCUCAUCUCACUCGACACUGAGAUUGUGGGCAUUAGAGAGGAUAAGGCGAUUUUUGAGAAGCAUAAUCAGGAUUUGUUGAAGCGCUAUCAAAUACUGCAGAAGGAUUACGAGGAGCUUCAGAAUGAAUAUAAACUGUUGUUGGAGAUCAAGGCGCAGACAGAGAUUAUCCUGGAGAACAUGAAGAUGUGGGAAAGCGAGCAUGAGGAGCGCGAGAAGAUCAUUCAGAAGAAGAUUUCUAAGCAAACUGAGCAUAUCAACACUCUAUUGGACGACAGGAAGAUGCUUAUUACGAAGAUCAAUACUAUGCAUCAGGAUAUGGUUGUGUUGAGUUGCGAAAGGCAGAAAUACGAAGAGAAAUUGAAGGAAAUGUUAAACGGUCCAUCGAUUUAUCUUCCCAACGCGCAGGACAACUUAUCACUUCCGUCAAAGCUGAUAAGAUACAGCAGUGAUCCUCAGCUCAAUGACCCCCAGAAUGUGUGGCGAAAAGUAAGACACACGGCAAAGCGACUAUUUCGUACGAGGCGCUUGUGGGAGGAGCACCUGAAAGAUGCCCUUCAUUGACCUGGAGUGCCCCUUUGGUGUGUGAAAAUUAAAUUAUUGUACUUUGAAGCGAUGAGUGAAGAAAUGUCCAAGGAAAAA